GAUCAAAAUGGUUAUCAAAAAAGCCAUCUCUGGAAAUAAAAAACUGACCAAUGAUACAAAAAAGAGUAAUAAUAACAAAACAACAGGACAAUCCAAAAACAAACGGAAUCAAGUAGAAACAACCAAGGAAAUCUCAAAUACCAAAUUAAAAAAACGUGAAUAUCACAAGAAGAAAUACAACAAGAAAGACAAAGAUGAAGAAGAAGACUCAGACUUUGAAAUAGUACCAAUUGGAUCUACUUUUGAUAACAACAAUGAUGAUAACGAAAGUGACUCUGAUCUUGAGAUGGAUAUGUUUGGCAAUCUAAUAAAUAAUAAUAAUAAUAUCAAACCCAUCGACAAACCUCAACAAGAGCAACAAUCAACAGCUUCUAUUCUUUCCAAACCAAUCACUUUGGAUGAUCAAGAUUCAGAUCAAGAUAACGAAGACGACGAAAAGUUUAUUGCCAAGGAAAAUAUGCUUGCCAAUAGGAAAAACAAAAAAUCUGGAGGGUUUCAAUCAAUGGGUCUUAGUAGUGCGGUAUACAAGGCAAUUAUUCAUAAAGGUUUCAAGGUGCCUACACCUAUUCAACGAAAAUGUAUUCCUAUUGUACUUCAAGGUGAAGAUGUAGUUGGUAUGGCUCGUACUGGUUCUGGUAAAACUGCUGCUUUCUUAAUCCCUUUAUUUGAAAAGCUCAAGACUCAUUCCGCUAAAGUGGGUGCUCGUGCUCUUCUGUUAUCUCCUUCUCGUGAAUUGGCUUUACAAACUCAAAAAGUAUGCAAGGAAUUAGGCAAAUAUACCGAUCUUCGUAGUUGUGUUCUGGUUGGUGGUGACUCUUUGGAUGAUCAAUUUAGUAUGUUGGCAAGCAAUCCUGAUAUUCUUAUCGCUACUCCUGGUCGUUUACUUCAUUUAGCAGUGGAAAUGAGUUUGGAUUUACGUACUGUACAAUAUGUUGUCUUUGAUGAAGCUGAUCGUCUUUUUGAAAUGGGUUUUGCUGUCCAAUUACAUGAAAUCCUCUCUCGAUUACCUCCUACUCGUCAAACCUUAUUAUUCUCUGCCACUUUACCCAAAAUGUUAGUUGAUUUUGCCAAGGCUGGUUUACAAGAACCUACUCUUGUCCGUUUGGAUGUAGAUACAAAGAUCAGUAGAGAUUUAGAGAUGGCCUUUUUUUCUGUCAAAGAAGUGGAAAAGGAAGCUGCCUUGUUAUAUUUGUUACGCAACGUGAUCAAACUACCCAAAUCGACAAACAACAAAGAAGAUGAUUCGGACAAGAAAAAGAAGAAAAAGAAAUAUGGUCAACGACAAUCAGCUACUGAAGACGAUCAUCAAACCAUUCUUUUUGCUGCAACAAAACAUCAUGUGGAAUAUUUGGCUAACAUAUUGACGAUGUCUGGAUAUCAAGUGUCUUAUGUAUAUGGAUCUCUGGAUCAAACGGCUCGUAACGUCCAAAUUACUCGGUUUAGAACAGGCGUAACGAAUAUAUUGGUAGUGACAGAUGUGGCUGCACGUGGUAUCGAUAUCCCUAUUUUAGAAAAUGUGAUCAAUUAUGACUUUUGUGGUUCAUCCAAGGUAUUUGUUCAUCGUGUAGGUCGUGCUGCUCGUGCUGGUCGUCGUGGUUGGGCAUAUUCCUUAAUGACUCCCGAAGAGCUCCCUUAUUUGGUAGAUUUAGAACUGUUUUUGACACGUCCAUUAGUACUUGGCAAUGAAAAGGAUCAAAUCGACUAUACGCGUGAUUUAUCAGUAGGAACUAUGCCUAAGGAUGCUUUGGCCGAUGAUGUGACAUGGGUUCAACAAAAGGUAGCCAGUGAUGCCGAAUUACAAGGUCUUGUUUCUACUGCCAACAAUGCUUAUAAACUCUACAAUCGUACCAAACCCCGUGCUUCACCUGAAAGUUAUACCAGAGCAAAAGAAUUACUGAAACGCAAAUCUUGGAAAGAAUUACAUCCUUUACUUGUCAACGAUGAAAACAGUAGUGCUAUGGAACUUGAACGACUUGAAAUGAUCAACAUGAUAUCUGGUUUUCGACCUUCAGAAACGAUCUUCGAAGUUGGUCAACGUGGUACAAGAAAAGUCAAUCCUGCUACAGCCAUGAUGCGUGAACGUCGACAAAAUGUGGGUAAGACCAUUGGUAAAUUCAAGUCUCAAGCUGCUGAAGAGCAAGCGGCUGAAGAAGCUGCUGUGGCCAAAGCUAAGGAAGAUGCCAAAAACAACAAAGAUGAAAAGGUACUUGCUGAUCUGGGAGACGAUGUGGAAGAAGAAGAAUUAGUCAAUACAUUCAAUAUACCUGUAUCAUCUACCAAGAAAGAAAACAAGCCAAAAUCAUAUCGUGAUGAAGAAUUUUAUAUCUCUUAUACUCAGAAGGAUGCCAACACUGAACGGGGAUACGCAAUGAACACUUCAGGUAACUUUUUAGAACAAGCUGGACAAGCUCAAUUGGAUUUGAUUGGUGAUGAUAAUGACACGAUCAACAGUAAACGUAAUCAACUACGAUGGGAUUCCAAGAAACACAAAUUCGUCAAGGGAACUGGUAUUGGGUCUGACAACAAAAAGAUGAUCCGGACAGAAAGUGGUGCAUUGAUCCCUGCAUCAUAUAAAAGUGGAAGAUUUGAUGAAUGGACCAAGAAGACACGUACCAACAUACCUCGUACUGGUGAACAAGAAUUACCUUCUGCAGGAUUCAAACAACAACGAAGAUUCAAGCAUAACAGACAAGAUGAUGCUAAGCCUUUGGAUCCUUUAGCAUUUGAUUACGAUAAGAAAAUGAAGAAACGAAAACGAGAGGAAGAAGAUAACGUCAAAUCAAAUAAUAAUAACAACAAUAAGCGAACCAAGGUAGCUAUGGGUCAACGUAGAGAAGGUGGUCGUGGUGUGGCCAAUGAACUCAAGACGGCUGGUCAAAUUCGUAAGGCUCGUGUUCAAACCGCAAAACGCAAAGAAAAAUCAAAUCGGACGCCAAAGAAAGGAAAAGGAAAAGGUGGACGACGUUAGACAAUAGUUUAUAGUGUAGAAUAGACAAACAUACAUAUACUCAUAUCCAUCCAUCAUCAUCAUCAUCAUCAUCAAUAUAUUAGUAUUAUUAUCAUUAUCAUUAUUUUUUUUUUUAUUAUUAUUGUCAUCC